AGACAAGUAUAUAUGGGUUCUGUGUUUACUGUUAGCAAGAGAGAGCCCUUUGUUUUUGUCAUCCCCUAAAAGUCAAAAUGUUCCGGUUGUUCAACAGCCUGCCUUGUUUUCCGUAACUAGUUAAAGUUAGAUAUUGCCAAAGGUACAAAUAGACCUUUCUUAGAAGGCAGAGUUAUUUUUAUCCCUUAUCCUUUUUUUCUGUGCUUAGAAGAGGAAACUUCAUCUGGAAACUUCUGCGUAAGGUAACAACUUUUUCUUAUGACAUGGGUGUUGUUGACGUGUUUGAAUGUUCUGUUUUAAACUUUCUCUCGAUGUGAGAUUUAAUUUAAUAAUUUAUGGAGAAUAGCAACGGUCCAGCUGUUUUUAACCUGCGUUUUCAAGGCUAACGGUCGGCACGAGGCUGCCUCCUUUGUUUAUUUUUAACGGAAGCACAAAGUGUAACAGACUUAACAUGUCAUUUUUUAAAGAAUUAAACUUAAAAAUUAUAUUUACAUAAUGCUUCAUCUCAACAUCUUAAUAUUUUCAAGAUAAAAAAUACAAUAUUUUAUGCGUGUUUAUAUGUUUUACGCUUGUUUGUGAAACUUAUCCUAUUAUCGUUCCCAUAACUGCAAACAAACACAGUAACACAAUAUGAAAUAUUAAUCUAUCCAAUAUAUUUCUCUGUCGUCGCAGUAUUAUUGCAUAUUGCGUGAAUUUCUCUCUCCUCAGGGUGUAUUAGUCACCGAGUCAACCUGUAAUGCGUCAGACACCGCCGGCUAAACCUGUCCCUGAGACUUAACAUGACUUCAAGGAGGUGUUGCUGCUGGCAAAUAAUACACAUUAAAAGGUUUAGCCUGCAGAAGGCUGAGCCACAAGGUUAAAAAUAACCUGAGAUAUAUGACCUCAUAGGAGCAAAGGCUGGACCUGCUGCCAACAUCAACAGAAGCAGUAUGGUCAUAGAUAAGAGUCUAGUGUUUAGGUCCUAUAGUUUGAGGACUGUAAGCAUUUGCUGUUUUACAUGUACAUAUAAUGAACAAUGUGAAAAUAUAGGUCAAAACAAGGCACAAUUUUUAUUAGCUUAUUUGUGAAUAUUAUGGGAAUGUCAGGUCAACAUAUAUAACUAAAGCAGUGGUUUUUAAGUCCAGUCUUCAAGGCCCACUGUCCUGCAUGUUUUGGAUGUUCCCCUGCUCCAACACACCUGAUUCAAAUGAUCAGCUCAUUAUUAAGCCCUUACAGAGCUUGAUAACGAGCUGAUCAUUUGAAUCAGGUGUGUUGGAGUAGGGGAAACAUCCAAAACAUGCAGGACAGUGGGCCUCGAGGACUGGACUUGAGAACCACUGAACUAGAGCAUAAAAAUGAGAUUCAAGGUUAUCAGUGGUUGUACUUUCUUUGCACCUGUCGAUCAAACACUGGUUAUGUAGCGCCUGAUAGCAUCCCUGCCCCCACUCUCCUUCAAAAACAAACAAACCUGACUGACAUGUAGGUUGGCCUUCCAACCGUUGCUCAACCUCCCUCCUGCCUGAAUCAUCUUCCAUCUCACGCAGUUCAUUGUGCUGCAGGGCACAACUGUUUCUAAGUAGUGAUGGGCUGGAAGAGCUGUUAUGCAGAUGAGUGUGCUGCUCAGAUUUCAGCGCUUGAAACUACUGUUAAGAAACUGCGAUGUACCACAUGUAGGCGCUACCUCCGGCCUUUCAUAAAUUAUUUGUGGAUGUCAUGUUUUCUCCCUCUGUUGUGCACAUGCUUUGUGGCUUUGUUUGAGCUUUGUUUGUCUGCAGAGAAUGUUUUUAAUUUGUAUUACAGUAAUCCAAUUACCGUAGGUUCUUCUCCCCCUUAUGAUUGUAUGCCUAAAUAGGGGUAUAAUACUGUAUUUCAUAGAUCAUUCUUCUAAUGGUACCAUGCUUCUUUACUCUGGUGAACUCAAGAUUUUAAAAAAAAGUCUUUGUUGUAGGUAGCAGCCAUGGUGUUGAUUCUUGGCAGACGGAUGAACAGGGAGGACUCUGGGAUCAGAGACUCACCAGCUGUUAAGCGCAAGGUGAUGUCAUAAAACCAGUACUUUUCUUUUUUUUUUUCCUCUCACAUCUUAUUUUUGUUGCAGAUAUUAUAAUUUUUUCACAUAUGGUUUUGUUCAAAGGUUUUUGAAAUUGACUCCAAAACCCCAGCUGCUCAGGAUGUCUUGGACUUCUGCUCUGGCGCAUCCCACUCUGAGGGCAUCCUGCAGGUGUUCAAUGAGUUCCGCGACUGCCGCCUCUUUACUGAUGUAGUGAUCAGUGUGCAGGGCAGAGAGUUUCCAUGCCACCGCGCAGUUCUCUCCGCCUGCUCUUCCUACUUCAGAGCCAUGUUUUGCAACGAUCACCGUGAGAGUCGUGAGAUGCUGGUCGAGAUAAAUGGCAUUCUGGCUGAGGCGAUGGACUCCUUCCUCACCUACGUCUACACCGGGCGUGCCAAAAUCACCACAGAGAAUGUCCAGUUCCUGUUUGAGACGUCCAGCCUCUUUCAGAUCUACACACUGCGAGAUGCCUGUGCCAAGUUCCUGGAGGACCAACUGGAUCCAUGCAACUGCCUUGGCAUCCAGCGCUUCGCAGAGGCCCACUCUUUGAAGCAGCUGGCCAGCCGCUGCCGCAGCUAUGCCCUGGCCAACUUCUCAGAGGUUGCUCAGCAUGAGGAGUUCUUAGACCUCCGCAAAGAAGAACUGGAGGAAUACACUGCCAGCGAUGAGCUGUCUAUCGGCAAGGAGGAAGUGGUGUUUGAGGCCGUGAUGAGAUGGGUGUAUCACGGUGUGGAGCAGCGAAAGCCCAUGUUGAAGGCUCUGCUCCACCAUGUCCGCCUGCCACUUCUGCACCCCAACUAUUUUGUCCAGACUGUGGAGGGAGACCAGCUCAUCCAGAAUGCUCCAGAGUGCUACCAGCUUCUUCACGAGGCCAGACGCUACCACGUGCUCGGAAACGAAAUGAUGUCACCAAGAACACGGCCACGCAGGUAACUGAAAUGUUGAUGUACUAGUUAUGAGGAAGGCGACAGGUAAUCUAACCUAGAUGUUAUCAGCUGUCAGAAGCAGGCACUGCGUCAUCUCUGAGUUUUGUCCUUUCACAACCCAUCUUUGACUUUCGGAGGUAGAAUGACGUGUAAGUAAUGUAGUGGUGUGACCACAUGACUGAUGACUGUUUUGUUGUGCACUAGUUCUUUUCUAUUACAAAGAGAACACAGGUUAUGUUUGAUGUUUUCUGCUUUUCCCUCAGCCUGUUUGUCUUGUUGGGUUAAAACACCUCUUACGCAUAUAAUGACUAAGGUGACAGCGAAACAAGAAAAUAUGUCAUUUAUUUUGCAUUGAGUGGAUCUUUAAUCUCACAUUGUGCCAGAGGUUAUCAUCACAUGAACCUGGUGCUCCCAGCAGUGUUGUUGUUCUUUCGUGUGUGUGUGUGUGUGAAUGUUUGUGUGUGUGUGUGUGUGUGUUUGUGAAAGAGAAAAACAGCGAGAAAGACUGAGUGUUAUUGUGCUGAUCAGACAAGUGUGUCUUUGACCGAGCCUGUGUUUUGAAACCCCAUUCUAAAAUGGAAAUGAUAAUGAGGGAGGCAGGGCAUGUUCGUACACACACUGGUUGGCUGGGAGGAAAAAAAACUGAUAUGAUGCAAGAAACAGCAAUCGUGAAUUGUUCGGUCUUGUUAUCAUACCAGCGGCGUAACUCACCUUGCUGAUGUGUUUGGGUUCAAAGUGUCCCUGUUCACCUAUUUACCAGAUGCACUCCCCUUUCCUGCCUUUGUGUAUGUCUGUUUGUGUUUGUGUGGACUGGAGUGUCCAGUUGGAGGUAUUGUUUUAUAAGGGACAAAGGUUUGUGUUGACUGAAAUCUCAUGAAUGAGAUACAAAACACACCAUAUGUCACCCUGCUGUAAAACAAACCACAGCACAGCUGCCCCUGUGUGUUUGACCUGCUGAAAGGGUUAAAAUAGGAGCAGCGCUGGUGAACAGUUGUCUGUUAUUAAUGCUGUGUGGUGUGUACUUCAGGUGUAUUGUGUCAGUAUCUAGGCAGAUCUGCUCAGAUCAGCAGGCCAAUCAGGCUUUAGCUUAGUCCCCACAAUGUCUGCUCCGUUUGCCCUGAGGGCAAAAUCUGCUCCUGCUCAAAACAGAUGCCUGGCUCUUCCCUUCCUGUGUCUACACCGGGCCUUUUUUUUUUUUUUUUUUUUUCUAUUGCGAAGUGUCUCGAAUUUAAUUAAUGGCGUAUACAUACACACACCUAACCUACACACCCAUAGACACACAAACAAAGCUAAACCACCUUUUGGCCAGACUGUCUCUUACAUGCAUACAAGCCUGUAAAACCACCUUAAUCCUUUACCUGUGUCUGAUCCACACUCUGUCUCACACAAAAUAAACAAAGAAAAGUGGGUGAAAGUGCAAUAAAGUGGUGAAUGUGAAAGUGGUAUCAAGGAUUAAGUAAGAGGUUUUUUUUGGAUAAGCCACUUUAAGUUUCUGUUAACCUAACUACUACAAAGGUUUGUUAUUGUCAUCAGAUGAUCAGACCUGUUGCUGAGACACUGGUAUUGCUAUUUAUGUUUUCCUAUGUGUGCUGACAUGACAAAAACAACAAUAUUAUAAAUAAUGCAGAGAGAAGUUGUUGGAUGAUUUCAAAAUGGGGAAAUCCCAUUUUGUCUUACGGAGCAUGUACAGACUCAGCCCUGUCGGUUGCACACAUUGCUCGGUAGUGAGUGGGAAUAGUUGCCAGUGUUUGAUGAUAAUAAGAAAAACUUGUUAUCAAACAAAUAACACAGUUAUAAGAAUUAGCAUAUCAGUUUCUUAUUUUUGUAAAGUUAAAGUAGCAGAUGACAAAUUACAGUUAGAUGAAGUCAACACUAAGAUUUUCCAUGCAUGUCUUUAUCUCAGAUUACAAUGUCACUAUUCGUCUAAUUAAUCUCAUUCCACUUGAGCCUUGUUUUGUGCCCAGCUCCAUUAUAUUCAAUAGUAUGAUAAUAUAAACUAUGGUUGAUUAGCCCCCUUGUAGGAAGUGUUGUCAUAUCCAGGACACGGGUUGUGCAGCCAAGUAGAAAAGCUUUGUGAGCAUGGAAACUCAGCUUCACUCUAGCUAGCUCCAGGUUUGUUUUUGUUGUACUCAAGAUUGACACCUGUAUUGUGAAGUGAACUUUGCCUGGAAGAUAAGUGUAGCUAUUGCUGUGGAAACCCCCUCUCUGCUGCCUUCUCAUGUGCAAUUUUCUACCUUCUAAUAUUACAAAAAAAAAAGGAGUGUUGACAUGUUUAUGUCUUUGUCUUCAUACUCUUUUUCGUGGUAUAAGUGCACACAGUUGUGAUUUAAAACCGUGUCUAGAAAUUCAACAUUCCAGAAUAAGCCGUUUCCCACAAGUUCAUGUCUUGUUUUUAUUAUAACAUCAAAUGUGUCGUUAUUUACCCGCAUCAUUUAAUUUCCCAUGUCUCUCUGACACCUCUCCCCCACCCCGCUCUGUGCAGGUCGACCGGCUUCUCUGAGGUGAUAGUCGUGGUUGGUGGCUGUGAGAGGGUUGGGGGCUUCAACCUGCCUUACACCGAGUGCUAUGAUCCAGUCACAGGGGAGUGGAAAUCACUGGCUAAGCUACCUGAGUUCACCAAAUCUGAGUAUGCUGUCUGUGCCCUCCGCAACGACAUUCUGGUCUCAGGUAAGAUGCAACACAACACAAAUGAUUGAAUCCUGGAGCAAUUUCCACAUUGCAAGGUCUCUUCCUGAAGCCAGUUUUAACAAAACAAUUCAGCUGUCACUUUUGAUAAGACUCAUAGCUGUCUUGAAUGUUACAAAAACCAGUUUCUCCUAAUCUGUGUGUAAAGUUUUGGCCUUAACACUCUCCAGGGAUGUUGCCUGUGUUUGUCUGUGCUUGACUCGCCAUCCAGUCCUCCAGUAGAGUGGCAGGAAAAGCCGUGGUGGCUGUUUGCCCUGUGUUAUUUUUACAGCUUCAGCCAGUUGGAGUUGAAGGAAAAUAUGAGAGCGACAUCUGGAUAACACUCGAAACUGAGAGAGGCUUUUAUUGGCUGGCGCAGUCCUACUCUCUCUCUCUCUCUUUUAGCCACACGUUGAGGUCGCCACCUUUUUUACAUCCGUUUGAAACAGCUAUCUAGGACCACUUUAAACUAUUUUAUUUUGUACAUCACCGAUAGCCUUGGAUGUUGUUAAUGAGGAUGAUAAAUGUAGAGUUUAGCGAUAAACCUCAAACUAAGAUAUUGCAGCUCUCAUUCCCUCCUAGUAAGCAAUAAGAACUCAUUUUUGCGAUGAGAAGUGGCCAAAUAUGACGUGAUCUUCCAUUUCUGCAAAACAUCUUGAUUAAAAAAAGACUUUGGUGUUACAUCAUUUGUCCCAGCUGAUGAGGUCAGGGUAAGAGUCAAACACUGGUAUAAACAUGCUCCAAAGAAGUCAAAGUUGUUCUUGGAUUGAGGGCAUGAAAGGUUGAGAUUUUUUGCGAAGUUGUUUUCUUGGGUAUACUCAGAAGUUCAAUUGUGCGUGCAAGGACGGCUCAUGCUCAAACAUGCUUAAUAAGAGCUACAAAACAGCACCGGACAAAACAGCAGUUGAAAGAUAUUAAAAAAAAAAGGGGGAGGAGGGAGAUACAGAGGAGUGAAAAGGGAAUCUUCUCCCCUUCAGCAAGAGUCUGCUGCCGUGUUUAUGCUUUUUUUUCAUACGCUCACUGGGCCAAGUCCUCACGUGUUCGCUAUCAAUCUACCCUCAAGCUCUGCCUGGAAAAGUCAACAUCCCCCUUCCCCCCAUCUCUGUGUCUCACACACAUUUGAACAUACACACUACUUCAUUUUUAUUGGCUAUUAUGAUCUUCAUUGCCGCAUAUUCUUCUGUUGUUUCUCCAUUUGCCCGGAACAUUAAAUCCCCUUUUCACAGCUUUAUUUUUAUCUCGCACAAAUUACAUUCCCACACAUACCUCCAUUCUGACUGUCUGCCCCUCUUCUCACAUUGGGAACUGCUGCAAAUACCUUGGAGGGCCUCCAGCCCCCAGCACAGCUGCUCUUAGCUGUGGUCUUAAAUAGGACGCUCCACUGAGCAUAUUAAACCUCUUUGAGUCUUUAGAGCAACAGGGACGCCAACCAACACUGGCUUUCUAAUAUCCGCUUCAUAGUAGUCCUAUUCUCAGGUGUAGAAUGAACGUGCUGCGAAAUGAAAAAAAAAAAAAACCUUCAGGUUACAGUCAGCACCGCGCCACAUAAAUGAUAUGUAGUUCAAUAGAGCAGCAUCAAAGAGACAUUUCUUUUCUACCUGACUCCACUCCAGAAAACCAAAUACAGUAUAUUAUCUGCUCAUAAUGACGAGUGUGUGCCUCAUACAUUACAAAUGCUUGCAUGUCAUAGUCACAUUUUCAUUAGCGUUAAAACUGCCUACUGAAAGCUAUGCAUAGCUCCAAAAGCUGUCACACAAAUCACAUUGUUUACUCCCACAGCCUCUUGUUCUUGAAGGACUGUGAUUAGCAACAUUGUUGAUCUGUGUGUAGCCGAGUGGGACUUGACCAGCGGAAGUUUUUUUGGUGAGAAAAUACCGCCUUCUGAAGGUAGUAAUUUUUCACAGGCCUUUUAGCUCUCCUUUAAGCAUGUGCAUUAUCUGUCAACAUGUUUUCACCAUGCAAAUCUUAACGCAGAAGCCUCCAGGGCAGCAGACUGUCUGGCUCUGUCCCUAUCGAGCAGACAAUCAAGCAGAAGCAUGCUGCCACUCACUUCCUUCACUUGUCGUCUUUCGUGUGUCUCCUACAGUAUAAUUUAAAGUGACUAAGCAUAAAUCACCGUAUAUUACCUCCCACCAGAAAUUUAACCAGGUAGACAUGUAUAACUAGUGACUUAUACAGCUAGAUGAGCUUUCGAGUUGGUGCUUUUGUAUAGUCAGGAUGAAACACGUGUCUAAUAUCUGUACCCACCUGUCUGGUCUGUCAGCUAGCUAACAAAGAGGAAAAACUUCUUUGUUUGCAUGUGAGCACAGAAGUGGCACAGACGUCUUUGUUAAUGCUGGCAGGCUUUCUUUCUCUGCGUAACAAUCAGUGCCUGUACACCGAAAACAUUCAAUGAGUAAUUGCAAUAACAUCAUGUGAUAAAUUAGUUUUUUAUUAGUUAUGUUUCAGGAGAUUAUAAACGAGAACUACGGGUCAGUCAAAGGAUACACUUGCUUACUUCUGGGAUACAGAGUUUUAAUUAAAUAGAGAGGUGUGGACUGAUGGCAGAUUUAUUCUCCAUCAUUUCCAUAAUCUAUAUUUUAUUCGUGACAAUGUGAUCAAUUUAAGUCCCAGUGUGAAAUAACACAGAUUGUCACGGACAUUUCUGUUUCUGUAAUGAAGCCCUGUUGGUUUCCAUGCUGCACCCAUACGCCAAGAUAUACGUCUUCAGAGCUUGUUGUUGGAGAAAUGCCAGCAGAUCACUGAAACUGGCAGAAAAGUCAAGUAUUUUGAAACUUUUGGUCACAUUAGUUUAUAAUGUUUUGAUUUACUGCUACAUUUGAGCAAGCUUUUGUCUUUUCUUCACCCUGUGUGUUUUGUGAUGGUGGUGGAGUGGGAUUGGAAGGGGUUAUUGUGCGCAAAAGAGGGAGACAAGGCACGUGCCCGGGCAUGUUGGAUAUGUGUCUGGAUUACACUGUAACCUGGCAGGUGACUGACUUCUUACAGUACAUGUUUGCGCUGAGAUAACAGAGACACUGUGUAGUAGUUCUGGUCCUGAUUGUGGCAUGUUUGCCUUUAUAAAUAUAUUUUUUUCUUUUUAAAACUUGUGUUUGUUCGACACCUGUGCAUACAUGCUUAAACGUGAAACUACGUGUGUGAUAAUAACCAACCUGCUCCAUGUUUGACUCUGUAUUUAUUUGCCAGGUGAACUCUUAAGACCCAGCUCAGGUCAAAGUCUGAUAACACACAUACAUCUCUGCCCCAGUUAAGAGAUAACACACAGAAAUACACUCACUAUCUAAAGCUGGCUGUUUACCAAAGAAGCCCAGGGAUUAUUUUUAUCCCUCUUAUUUACAUCAGAUUAACUGGAUCAUGGAUGAAAAAAAAACCUUUUUUUUUUCAUGCUGAGGACAGUGUUUGACUUUUAAGUCAAACUGAACCCCAAAUUUGCCAAACUUUUGUCUUCAUGGUAUGUUUGUCGUUCUUUGUUCCCAGGUGGUCGUAUCAACAGCAGGGAUGUGUGGAUGUACAACUCCCAGCUCAACCUGUGGAUCAGAGUGGCUUCACUCAACAAAGGCCGCUGGAGACACAAGAUGGGCGUCCUGCUGGGCAAGGUGAGCAAAGAACAUAGAUUUAUAAAAUCUAGAAAGACACAUGGAAAGCCCGUAGUUGAGGUUUCUGUGUGAAGGUUUUAUUCAUAAUUCAGUAACAUAAUACAUUUUGAAAUGUCAGAUCCAGCAUGACAGUGUGCUACCUGAGGCUUACCCAAAUCCACAGGUAUAAAAAACUCUCACAUUUAAGUAAGCAGCAGUUUAGAUUUGCACACGUGUUCUUGUGGAGAUGUAAUCUGGGUCAGUUUAAGAAGAACAGGAUGACGAUGCAUACAUACACGUUUUCUUUUUUGUUGUACUUUAAGUACAGUGCAAACAGGUUGGACAUAUAUUCAGUACAGAAUUACUGUGGAAUAACCUGCUGGUAAGGAAACGGUAUGUUCCAUGAAGCUUUUUGACUCCUUCAGUUCAUACAAUUCAGUUAUGUUCAUCAUCCACUCUCACACCUGCAGGCAUUAAAGAAUUUGUUUUUUAACACACCAAAGGCCCUGCAUACUCAGCAACAAUUCAGUGAUGGUAUCUGGAUCUUAGGAGUCACACCCUUGUCAAUCUCAUGAAAGAGGCAACGUGAAAAGCUCUCAGGCACCUUUUUGAUAUAGCUUCUCGCUUUUCUCUCUGAACUGUCUUGUCUAAAAAGGGAACCUUUUAAAAGCAACAGUACUGUAUUGGACUAAUCUGUUGGUCCCCUCAGGGCUUUAAAAUGACGGUUGCCAGUUCACCUCACACAUCCUGGAUCCAUUAGAGCAGGUUCAACAGAAAGAGGGAAGUUUGACUUGAAUUUAAACGGUUGUUUAACAAAAGCCCUCAGCUCCUGGAACAGUGAUUCACCCUUUAUACACAUGACAAAGUAGGGCAGGGCGAUAAACCAAAAAUUUACAGAUACCGAAAUUUACGACAAUAACCAACAUCAUUUUGCCCAUAUCAGUAUAUUCAGUGUCAAAAAAACAAAUCAAUAAAAGUUGGUUUUGGACGCUGUCCUACGUCGGAGACAUGACUCCGCCCCAUCCAGUCUGUAACAAAGAGGGAAAGACAGGUGAGGAGAUAAAGGACGGUUCAAAAGUUGUACUUCAUAUAAAUUUGAGCUGGUGUGUUUCCUUUAAGCAGUUUCAUCAUUUUUAGUAUUUUUUUCUACUAUUAAUAUCUAAACCCUUAACACUCCUUUGUCUACUUUAAGUCUUUCUGGUGUUUGAUUAGACAAGGAGCUCCAGCAGCACCAGCUUGGUUAUGAAAUUUGAGGAUACACGUGAGCUGUCCGUAGAUCCUCGAUGACUGCCUCCUCGUUUAGGCUAUAACUAUUUAAAGCCUGUAAUACAAGGAUGGGUGGACAAUCUCAUUUGAGGUCAGCUGAAGUUUACUGGACGGGUUCCAGCAAUGCACACCUCCAAGUUAAGGACCAGCUCAGUCCAGCAUAUUACAUUUCAUGUGUCCCACUGGAACCACAUAAGCCUGAAGUGGCCAUACAUGGCUGCUGGAACCCCUUAUAAGCCUGUGAACACACUCUGGGUUUGUAUACGCAAGCAAAAAUCACACAUACUCUGCAAAUAUAUAUAUAGAAUGAAUGUUCAUGUUCCUGUGGCUUGCAGUCUUUCUCACAAGAAAGAAAGUCUAAGAUUAUAUUAAAUAUGAUGCUUCUAACAUGUAAAACAUGUAAAACAAUGUUCCUCAACUAGCAGCUCAAGUCUUGUUGCGCAAUUUUUGCAUUUGUAGCAUUUUUAUUUUAAAGACCAACUUCAUGCUUUACAUAUACUGACCACUUGUAAGACAGUGGCAUGUUUUGACUACUGAAAGCUGUCAACUGUAAUUACCUGUCAUUAGUGUUGCAAAAGAAAGAGCAGCUACGACUGUCUUGGUUAAAGAAGUCAGAGCAUAAACAAGGAUGACUCAUUCUAACACGCCACUCACAUGUGCGCACACAUUUGAAGAGCAUGGAUACAAGCACAAGGGAAGUACUUGGAGAGCUUUGAGCUCAAAUCAAGUUUUAUUUACUUUGGCAGAAAGGGUAAUACUCUGUAGGGGUACUUGUCAUCUGUAGGAACUCUGAUUUAACUUUCUGAAAGUCCGCUUGUGGCCAAUCUGUUUUGAAUUUUGUAUUCCUUCUAAACAAAACCCCAAAUUCCUAGUUGCCUUGCCACAGAAACAACAAACACACAAGUACACAUUCGAACAACACAAUAAUGAGGUAAUCAGCUGGACGGUCACGCACUGGCUAUAAAAGCCAUUGAUCAAGUCCAGAGUAACCCCAUGUGGCAAGGAUACAACAGGAAAACAUGAUGAGUUAACACAACUACAGGUCACAAAUGAACUAUAUUUAAACUCACUUAUUGUUCCUUCAGCUGAUUUCAGACUCUCAUACUGAACUUGCUUGAGGGAAACAUAUAAUGGCAUUGUAGAGGAUUUGUUAACUAACUUUUAACGUUAAUAUGUUAUGAAUAAUUCUUAACUUAUUUUAAAAGCCAGAGAUUACACACAACAAAUGAAAGGCAGAGGUAAAAUUAAUACAGAGUUUCACAGCAGGACAGCAUCAACAUACACUCGAGUGUAUCCUUUUCUAAAGAAACACAUUCCACAGAGAACUCCCAUCCCAGGAGAGGCUCUUGUCUCUGUCCACUUCCUGUAUCUGUCUCACACAUGUGGCUUCCUCUUCACUUUUGUCCUUCCUUUCUAUCUGCUUAUUUUGUAGACUCAUAGGAAUCACAAGUUAAAAGGCUAUUUUCAUUUUUAUAUCAAGAUAGUUUCUACCUAUUGUAGUUGGUUAGUUGAUCUAUCAUUUUUACCUAGAACUCCAUUGUCAGUCAUUGCGAUCUUAUUUUAUUUCCUCAUGCCGUGAAAGAUAAGAUACCAGGAACUGCUAUUCCCCUGAAUUCUCCUGUUUGUGUUAUUCUAUUGUCAGUUGUAGCUGUCCUCUAUCAACAACAUACACUUAUCUGUGUGUUGAGGAUGUUUCUGUCUGUGUUGCUGAUUUUCUCCAGUAUUCAGCCCUCCCCUCUUCUUCUGAGUUUCCUCAUUUAGACUGUAAUUUCCCUUUUCUGAUGUGCUCCCGUUGAGUGUUGUAAACAAGUUCUGAGCAUGUAUGCAUGGAAAGACCUCAGUGCUGACUUUUACUAAAUCAGUGUUGAAGGAAUUUGCAUGUUCAGUUGACAAAUCCAGUGAGCAACCUACUUUUGUUUAACCAUUCUUAUGUAGACCUUCAGUUUACUCCAGUGAUCCACUUGCUCUUUGCUCUUCAGACUAAUUUCUUAAGCCGUAAACACGUCAUUGUCCUGCAUGAAGUCCUGUUAAACUGGUCUUGUGUCCAUAGUGUAUCAGCAAAAAAAAAUAGGUCACAUCUUGUUUUCCCCUCCCUGUAAUGAUGGCAGCUGUUCCCAUCUAUCAUGACUUUUCACUCUGUCUCUUUCCCUCUGUCUUUAUGGCAGUCUCUUUUUCCUCUAUCCUUUGUGUGUUAUUUUCCACCUGAAGUCUCUCAGUGUCCUCUGCCAUCUCCCUUCUUUGACAGUGAAAUCAUUCAUCCAUCAUCUGUAUUUGACCUUGCUCAUGUAAAUAAACCUUGAAUGUGCUCGUUCGGUGGUUGGCAAGUGUGUCCUCAUAGAGCUGUGAAUCACGUUUGGCUUGGCAUUUGAAAGACCAUCAUCGAGCUGAUGUGAAAUGUGCCUAUAUUAACACACUUACAGUUUAUCAUGGAGUAUGGAGGGGCUGUUUUAUUGAGUGGGUGUCAAGGGUGUAAAGCAGAGUGCCAGUUUCCCCCAACCCUGUCUUCAUACCUCCUCCAUAAGCUGGUGUCUGGGUAUACUCACCAGACAGUCGCCCACUUAGAUCCCCCCGGCUGAACUUUAACCUUACUUUGACUUUACCAAAUGGAGCACUCCUGAGGAAAAAUCACUCACCCUUUGUUACUGAGUGAUUUUUUUUUAUUUCUGAAACAGCAGUUCCUGGAAAAACGCUUAGCUGUUAUUUUAUUUUUUUUUAUUUCCAGUGCUUGUCACAAAAAAAUAUGACCGUUUUCCUUUGUUUCGCGGUGAGAAGAGGAACCAGCAAACUCUUCAAAAUCAAACCUGCUUCACCUGAAAUUACAUGAAAGUGGAAAAUUUUAAGUGCACUAAUCCAUCAAAGCCUGUGAAGGAAAAAUGCUCAUGAAACAUUUCUCAACAUGUUCACCCUGCCCUGAAUUGACUUAGUCUCCUUAUGCUACACACACUCACUGGAUAUUUUUUUUUAAUAUCCUGUUCAAAACAAACACAUAAGACACAUAACCAACAGCCAAUUGAAGCGGUUGUGUUUUGUUUUUCUUAGCUUGAACUUUUCCGUUGAAAAGGCGGCAGUACUAUCAGUCAAGGCAGGUGUUGAAUGCAAAUAUCCAUGAACUCAUUCACUUCUGUCUUUUUGUUCUCCUUUUUUUUUACUCCCUUCAUCUUUCUUUGUUUCUCUCUGUCUCUCUGUCUCCCUGUCUCUCUCUCUUCCCCCCUCCCACUCUCCUUCUCUCUCUUCCUCUCACCUCUGUACUUGUUUUUGCUCCAGACUUUUUGGAGAGACCGUAGCAGCCUGAAGGUUUACAGUUGCAUAAGAUCAGCUUGUUGAUCGGCACUGAAUAACCAGUAGUUCUGCCUAGAGUUUGAUAAUCACAUGAUGUUCUUCUAGAACAAAGUGUGUGCCAAUUGAAAUUAUCCACCAAUCCCUAGUUCUGAUUUUUUAGUUCCUUAUUUGCCCUUGCUGAGCCAUGCUUUGCGCUUCAGCAGGGUGGUAUGUGUAACCACACUUUUUAUUGUUUGUAGCUCUACAGAUCUAUCCAGAAAAUAGUUGGAGACAACAUUCAGUUUUCAAAUUUUAAAACCAAAGCAGGAAACUAUAUUUUAAAUGGACAGAGCAUUGGCAGCAGUUUAUUUUGUGAACACAAAUUCACAAACAACUGCUGUGCCUAAAGGUGUUGUUUUUGUUGUCACUGAGGUUGAGGCCAGACUCCAAGGUUCAAGGUCAGCCUCAUGGUUUGCUGCUCUGAAUGUUUACAAAGAACUGCAAGGACAGUGAUAAUACUGCUCCUCAGCAGAACUACGUCAUCUUCCUUCAACACCUGAUAAACUGGUUCUCUCAGUGCUGAGGUUGAUACUCUUGGUUAUAGUCAGGAAGUAGGGAGCUUGAAUCUAAGCAUCUGUCUUCGACUCAACAUUUGUAUGUGUACAUAGAGAAUGUGGGAAAGUUUGUGUCGCGUGUAAACACAACAUGUAAUUCCCCUGUAACACCUCAAAGUUUAGGUUCUUGCUUUGUGUAAAACCCCUGUGGUUUAUCCCUAAUUAAAAUGCACGUCUGUAUCUGUACCCAGGUCUACGCUGUAGGUGGCUACGACGGCCAGACCCGCCUGUGCAGCGUGGAGUGUUACGACUCCUUCUCCAACCGCUGGACUGAGGUUGCCCCCAUGAAAGAGGCAGUCAGCUCCCCGGCUGUGGCCAGCUGUGCCGGCAAGCUCUUUGUCAUCGGGGGAGGGCCUGACGACGAUACCUGUUCAGACAAGGUGAGUAACAGAUGUGUGCUUCCGCUCACUACGCACUUAAAUACAUAGUGAUGAGAGCAAAGGUGCUUUUUGUCUCAAAUUACCUGUUUGCAGUGAUUAUACCUGAGAGAGGCAGGGGACUCUUUACAAAGUAAGACCUUUCAGUGGGUUGUUUAACUAGACUUUUUGAUGAGACUUGAGGUUGGUGUUUAAGAUGAGACCGUGAUAAAUAGACCUUUGGUUUACAAGCCAAAGUGUCUUGUAAUCCUGUGUUUGUAAUUAAAAUAAGCUUUAAGUUGAAGCUUUUCAUUUUGUGAGGAGAAAAUCUUAAGAAUUUUUCAGCGAAAGAAGAAAAAUACGACAUAAAAACUAUAUUGUCUGCUCUUUACUUAGUUUGAUUAGCCCCUGUUUGACAGGCUGGAGUAAUAGUACAAAAACAGAAAGAACAUUUAUGAAUGUCAAACAUACUUCAUCAACAUUUCCAGUUUGCUUUUCAUGUUUACAGGCAGUUCCUAGUCACCCAUUCUUUUUUUUGUUUUUAUAAAUCCUAAUAGGUCUUUCUUCUCUCAAAUAAUUAUUUCCUAGUUGUUAUCUCCAUACCAAAUACUCAGACUGGGCUUUAUUUUACAUUUUUGUUUCACAUCAUUGAGUCAGUAACAGAAAUGUUUUUAUUAAAUCAAAUGAGAGUAGCAUGUCCUGACAAAGCAGAAUGAGGCUUAUCGACCAUUUUUAUCAAUCCAAACAAAAAACAGACAGAGAGGGACACCAAGCAAAACAAUGUAGAGUGAACUAAACCGGUUUUGGUAUUAUAACGUUCAUCAUCAGCGUAGAUAUGCCAGCGGUGCCAGUGCAUCAUUCGGUUUUUACAUAACCUCAGAGAUCAUGACUUGACACGCUGCAGUAAUUUGAUAUGUAACCAAGAAGUUUGGGUUAUUCCUAGGAACCGUAACUUCAGGAGAAGCAUUUUUCUCCUGAAGUUUGAUGGUAAGUUUGUUUUUUAUGUCCAUGCUGGCAAGAAAACACACAAGCAGAUGACCAGCUUGAUUAGAUACAGUGCAAUAAUAUCUGUCUGUGUCUGGCUCUGUAGCAGACAAUGUUUGAUGUCUCUAAAUGACCCUUCAGAGGGAGAGUUCAAGCAGACGCCAGCUCUUCUGAACUUCUUAUCUCAGCUGUCUCCUGAUUUACUCAUGCAUGUUGAUCCUGUAUUGUCGUGGUGGAGUCAAAAUGGACAGUGUUGUUCAUGUACGCUGUAUUCAAAAACAACACAGUUUAAUAAGAGGCGAAUAAGAGAAAUGGGUGCAAGAAUGAUUGAAUUUGGGUAAAAACCACACAAGAGCUCUACCCCCCAACAGUGAAACACAACUAAUUUAAUGUAACUGUCUGUCACAGGUUCAGUGCUACGACCCAGAGACAGACUCGUGGCUACUGCGAGCCAACAUCCCCAUCGCCAAGCGCUGCAUUACAGCAGUGUCCCUCAACAACCUGAUCUAUGUGUGUGGAGGUCUCACCAAGUCCAUACUCUGCUAUGAUCCUGCAGAGGACUACUGGAUCCAUGUGGUUCAUACCUUCAGCAAACAGGUGAGGGUUUAAGUGCAGAUACAUAGCCUUUCAAGAGCAAACUGACUUUAAUCCUAAUUCACAACUUUUAACUUUUGUCUGUUUGUCCUUGAAGGAGAGCUGUGGCAUGUCAGUGUGCAACGGCAAGAUCUUCAUUCUGGGUGGAAGGGGUGAAAACGGUGAGGCGACAGACACCAUCCUGUGUUAUGACCCGUCAUCAGGCAUCAUCACAGGAGUGGCAGCAAUGCCACGGCCAAUCUCCUACCAUGGCUGUGUGACCAUCCACCGCUACAACGACAAGUACCACAGAUCCUGACCACAAACCAGCCUACCCAGACCACACACAUGGAAGCACUAAAGAACUCAAACUCUUAAAAACAUACUCCCUUUAAGUUCACUGCAUGCACAGCAGAAAUCUACCAAACUGUACUGGUGUGCUACUUUUUUUCUCUCAGCAUCAUGUAGCAAAACUCAUAAUGGUUCCCCAAGUUUUUGCUGUUCUGUACGAGAGUUAAAGCUCUUUGUUUAAAUAUUCAGCUGUUAAAAGCAGAACAUUUUGGUAUCUGUAGUUUGAGUUAAUUCAGACAACUUAGAAAACAAUCUAAAAAAUGGUGUAACUGCACAAAGUUGGGAAGUAACGGGUAGAAAUAGAAAAUGGUCAAGAAAAUUAGACUGAUCUGACAGGCAUGAUUACCUUCUGAAAUGUUAGAAAUGGAUAUUUCAUUGAAAAAGUUAAAACUGUACUCAAGUUAAUUGGCGCUUUAAAAUGAAUGUAGGAUGAUACAUCUAUGCCAGAAAGUUCUGAAGUCAAGGUUUACUCAAUAAGCUUUUCUAGACCUUUUAACUCUAUACUAUUAGACCACUAAGGUACAGUAACUACUUAUUUUGAAGACAGUAGAUCAAGUUUUAUUUGCAAAAUAAGAUCAUCAGAUAUGUUUGGAACUUGGGAACUAAUUAUAUCUUCAUAUUUUGUAAAUUUAACUGCAGAGGGAGUCACUGACAACUGAUCAGAGCAUUGCUACUGUCAAUUAGUAAUCGUCCACUUCAUAACAGCACAUUUUAUGGAUUCGAUGAAAAGAUAUGGGGGAAAAAAUCCCAAUGCCUUAAUUGAGUUUUGAUAAUGAUACAAACCACAAUUGAGUCUUCAAAAGUCAGGUCAGAGUUUAUUGAUAUUGCAAAGAGUUGACCAAAGUGCUGUACUAGCUUUAAACACAAAAUCAAUUAAAAAAAAAAGACAAAUAUGUUUGAUAAAUGAUAAAAAACACAAUAAAUAGAUAAAGCCAAAAAAAAAGUUGCGUAAGAUAAAAGGAUGUCAAGCUCUAUUCGAAUAAAAGCUGACACAACGAGGUAAACUUCCCAACGUUGUGCUUUUGUUGCCAUGCAAACUAACCUCCAUCUCCAUCCCUGCUGAGCUGGCAGAUAACACUGAUGAACAAAAAACAGUGCCUUACGAUAAACAAUCAAAAAGGCCAACAUGAGAAUGAGCCAAGAAUCAUCUACCACUCCUCUGUUUUUGUCUGAUACUGAAAUGACUUGAUGAUAAAGUGGUGAACAGUCAGACCGCUGCUUCUCCACUCUAUCAAUAGCCAUAAGUACAAUUUUUCUGUGCCUGUUGACCCAGAGUGAGGCAAUCAGAAAAAGCAAAUAUGCACAGGCUCUGCCAAAAUGUUGGAACACGGCCACGAUCAGCUCUGACUUCCUUUUUCCUCACAUCCCUCUUCUUAUCACCUGCUUCCACUUCCCAUGUGCAUUUCCUCAUUUCCCUGCUCCAGCUGUGCCAUCACCUCACAUAUCCUAUCCAUACUGAUGUACCCUUUUUAAGCUUUAUUCUGCUCCAUUAUCAUCAUUAUUAUUAUUAUUACACCCAUUACUGACAUUUAUUUUUUAUUUUUUUAAGUUAUACUUAUUUGUAUUUUUUUAUAACUAAAUGUUUACUGUAUUAUACAUAGCUUUAGUGUGUCUGUUUUUUUAAAGAUCAUAGUUCAUUGGUGUACUGGGCUUGUGGGGGGUUUUAGUAGAUGUGAGAAGCCUUUGUAGAUCAAACUCGAGGACUGCUCUGAAUAAGUGGUGUGCAUGUUCGGUAUGUGCGUGUGUAUAUGUGACUUUUACGACUUGGUCUGGAUGUGUUAGAGCCAAGAAGGCGUAUCAAGGAAUUCUAACUUCUGUCAACAGAACCUUUCCCACUCAUGCUUGCACCUCUCACCUGUGCACUUACAUGUAAACAUGUAACUCGGGGUAACCAUAGAAACCUCCAGGUGUGUUUGAGCGUAUGCUUGUUUAGUGAUCAGAUAUGGUGGCGUGUGUAGCAGUGCUAUUCCACGCACAGGCUCUGAACGAUAGUGGUUUUGGAUGCUGUGGCUCGUGGUCAGUAAAAGUCACCUUUUACUACAUUAGGUGUUGAUAGAUUAGAGACAUUGCUGUGAACAUAACUGUAAUAUUUUCUUUGUUUAACUUGUAUUUAAGUUUAUUUCUUUCUUGGUUGCAUAUUGUGUUUUUCUGUAACUGAGAGCCCCAAUUGUGCACUUUGACAGAAUCCUGUUAAAUGUAGAAUUGUAUGAUUAUGGUUUCCUGUUUUUUUACUGUAUCAGUAAAUGUUCUUUGCUUUCAUGUGACGUAUGGAAGAGACACUGAAAGGGCCCUUUAGCUCCUCCUGUUGGUCGCUACCUGUGCUUCUCUGAAGUUUUAACAAAAACAACAAAAAAAGCCACAAUAGCGCAGUGUAAAGAGGGGUUAGUGAGUUUCUACUUUACUAUCUAGGAAAAAAGCAGCAAUUCAGUGAGUUAACUCUCUUGUGUUGCCUAACUUUGAGUGUGUAUUCCAUCUGUCAUUCAAAAUGACAAAAACAGGCAGCGGCAUUGCAGCUUCAACCAUCCUGGAGGCGUUUUCUUAGAAAGAUGAGUUCAGGGUCAGAGUUUCUAGUAGCAGCAUCCCCGGCUUGGAAAAAAAAACAACCUGAGGCCCACCAACGCUCCUUUGGAGAUCAACACACUUUGGGUAACUGACGAGGCCAGCAAGAGGAGGCUCAGGGGCUAGAAAGUUGUCAGGUAAAUGAGCGGGAGUUAGACAAACAAUGAGAGAGAGAAUUUGAGUGUGUGUGCGUCUGUGAUUUCACUGAGUAUUUACACAACAUAAUGUUUUGUAAUGUUGAUUGUUUGAUUAUUAUUAUUACCAAUGUAGAGGCUUUCAUACAUUGUUUACUUGGAUAAGAUUGUGCUUGUUGACUCUUUAAUUUGCUUGUUGUGGUGAGUUGGGGGAUUGUUUGUUGCUUAGACAUUUUGACUCCCAAAUGCAAAUGACGUGCCUAAAAUUAAACUCUUAAGAGGUGAUAGUUUAAACCUGAAUGGUGGAUAUUUAAUAAGAAUGCAGACAUAAACCAAAGUGGAUUUGAUUCAAUCCCAAAGGUGUCUUAGAAAGAAAAAUACCAAUGGAUUUAAGUGCGAGCAUCCUGGGGGCUUUAACCUGGUCAUCGCAAAACGCCUAAGUGCCCUUAAAUAGAGUGGGGAAUUGAAUCUUAUUAUUUUGAUAUCAAGUUUUCUUACUGUGUGUGAUGUGAUAUUUUAACACCACUUUCUCCUAAGAUGAUCUUUGCCUUACUGUGAGGAAGCUUUGGAUUUUUGUAAACUGCAGUAUGUUAAAAUGAAAUGGUUGAAUUAUGUAAAAAAAAAAUAAAGUAAUAAAAAAAUCUUUCAGUAUCAAUAUAUGUGUCCUGUUCCAUUAUUAAAAAUGCUGUUUAAGAAUUUGACAGUGUAUAAGCUAACACGUGAAGACAGAGAUUAAAGAGGAUUUUAAAGUUGUGUAUUUGUGAUUGCAUGCCGCUUAGGUUUUAUUUUUGUAUAUUUUUUAUUAAACUCACUGCAGAUUGAUGUUGAUUUAAAAAAAAAAAAAAAAAACAAUCGCAAUUGAGACAGAAAGCAGCUGCAUUUAUUAUGACCCAACUGUAAAUGGUGCACUGGUCCCCUAACCAUAAAAAUGAGGAGGAUAAAACAGAUGUAAUUAAACUACAUGACUGAAACAACCAACCAAACCCAACCACUCGUUUUAAUGAAGACACCACAGAUUUCAGAUAACAACCAACACUAAGAAAUACAGCAUGAGCUCUUAUUUCCGCCUCUUAUGACUGUUAAGCAUCAUUUUGUCAAGGGAUUCAUCAAUCAUGCUGCUGAAGUUUUAAUUAGCCAUUGUGUUGAAGAGAAAAACUCUAUCAAACCAGACGGAUUGUUUCAGACUCCGAUUGAGCAACUCAUGCAGCAGGAGGCAUUCACAAGGCUGUGUUUGUUGUGCCUCAUACUGUGAUUUACAAACUCCAUAGCAUGGUAUGGUCUGAUCAAAACCACAAACAUUCCUCGAACACAUUCUUGUGGCACAAUUUCUCUGCAUUCACUUCCAGCAAUGAAAAAAGAAUUCUGAGUUCAUCGAGUAUACAUUUACACCCAGACACUACAACAGUGUAUAUCAGAUCUAAUGUCAGACUAUCCAUUCAUCUUGUUUAUUAGACAUUUGGCACCAACAGAAAACUGUAACCCCACACCCACAGCCAUGCUGGUAAAGAAAACAAGCAGCUAAGACUUCAUAAUGCUCUGUGUUGCAUAGAUGUAAGUGUUCUGGCAAGUACUGAAACUGAACAUGUCAAGCUGACCCACAAUGAAACAACUUUUGGAGCUUUUGAAAAAUGUAUGUGGAGGUUGAAAAGGAGCCCAGAGGCAUGCCUAGGUAAUUUUUUUUGACUGGUGGUCCAACUAAACCCCUGGCUAAUUCAAAGGUG